AUGGGCCGGAUCCUCGAGCCGUGGUUGCAGUCGGGCCACGCGACGCACCUGCGCCCCGACGUGCUUUUGUCCCUCACUAUCUCGUGCAACGACGACAUCGACGUCCUCCUCGAAAUGCUGCAGCGCUUCUCGGCCCUCCAAGAGCUCAAGCUUCUCGGGACCGCGUUCGAUGCAGUCGCACUACCGCUGACGACCACGGCGCGUCCGUUGGCACUGACGUCGCUCACGCUCCACGGCGUCGAGCUCUCGGCCAGCGCUUACCUUGCGCUUGAUGCACUUCUUGCCAACGCGCCUCAGCUCCAGACACCGUCCUUUGGGGCCACCUGCUGUAUAAACGAUGAUUCGUGCGAUUCUAUCGCAUCUUCAUGCGCCGACUCGAUCCGCAACGGCGUGCGUGAGAUCGAUUUCGUCGACUGCAAGUUGACAGACGGCUUGGGGACGCAGCUGGCCUACUACGCCCUCAGCAGCGUGACGAGCCCGUUGGGCGUCAAGAUCAGCUGGAUCAACAACAAGUUCAGCGACGACGACGACGUGGCGCUUCUGGACGCACUCUACACGUGCACGCGCAUUGUCCUCUUCCUGAAUUGCAUGAGCAACGCCAAGCGCCACGCCAAGGCGCCGACGCCCGUCGAGGCGCUCGACCACGUACAAGAGGCGAUCGUCAAGUGCUUGGAGACGCCCGACGACGUCGUCGCCUUCCUCGACGCGCUCUCGCCGCACGCCCUCUGCGAGCGGCUUGCCGCCUUCUUGCCACUGCUUUGCGAACCGGGCGACGACAUGUGGGACGCUGACGACGAGGCGGCGGCCCUCGUCCGGCUCUGGCCGAGCUUUGCUGGUCUGGACCACGUGCUCAUUGGCAUCCUCAAGUGGCUCAAGACACCCCAGGAGGUGCUUGCCUUCCUUGAAGGCAUCGAUACGCCGACGCUCGGCAAGCCGCUCGUCGCGCUCUUGCGGAUGCUGCGCGCUCCGCUGAACGUCGUGAAAGAUGUUGACGAGGAAGAUUCGGCCCUGGACGAAGAUUCGGCCCUGGACAAGCUGUGGCCUCUGUUGAAGCUGGACUGGGUCUGUGAUGCGUCCACCGGCCUCGUCGUCGAAGCGCUGCCAGCCUUCCACGCCAUCGAGAUUGGCAAUCCGUAUUUUUGGACGUUCACGCCACCUGGCCAUGCGCCGUGGGACAUUGAAUUUGGCGCGUUCGAGUGGCUUGUCGAUGCGUACGGACGCAAGAUGACGCACCUCAAGAUCGACGCUUCUUUUACGAAGUAG